AUGCGCACCGCCGCGCCCUCUCUGUUUACAAGUUCGCCGCUUGCACUUUCCGCUGCACGUAUUUCGGACUGGGAAAAGUCCGCACCCCAGCUAAGCCCCACCACUGUUAACACGACGGCGAAGCCCCGUUACCAAGCACCCGGCUCUCAGAACUUUGAUGUGAGAUGCAUGCGACCUCGCGGCCUCCCCGGCCGCUCUCCUGGACCACUCUCCCUGCAAGAGUUGCACGCACUGCAACGAAUACAUUUGGACUGGGCGCACGUCGGUCGCCCGGACAUUAUAUUUUACUCGCCGAAGCAGAUCCAACAUCUAAUAAGAUUGGACACUGCUUUGGGCCGUGCCGCUGCCAUGGCCACUCUGCCACCUAUGUGGCACGAUCGCCGUGCACCUCAGGCCUCGACGCACUCACCUUACGAAUCGACGGGCAAUCAGACGCCAUCAGGGCGGCCUUGGACCGAGUGGAGCAACCUGGCCAGCGGCUGGGCGGCGGGGGCGGUGCUCCUGAUGGCGGCGCUUCUACUGGUCCGCUACAUCGAUCGCUGCCUCGCCAGGAAACUGCUCAACUUGCGAAGGCGUCAGUCGGAGGAAUGGCCGACGCCGACUGUACUGGCAACCAGUCAUCGAUACCCGAACGGAGACUCGGACGCGCCGGGGCUGAGCGAGUCGGAGCCGCCGUCGGAGUCGCGCGACCCGCCGCCGCCCUACUCGGAGUGCGCGCAGCCCCAGGCCCGCAGGCCGAGCAAGCGCCGCGCGCGCGAGGAGCCCCCGCCGCCCUACUCCGCCUGCUACUUCGCCAACCCCAAGGACGGGGCGCCCUCCGUCCAUCUGUACACCGGCCACGGCCUCAACACGCGCACGGCGGACGGAGACAAACCGGAUCGGAGUGCCGCGCGGGACGGUGCCACAAUUAGCGGGGGGUCGAAUGCGCUAGGUGCCGCGUCGAGCUCGUGCGACGGGCUCGCCGACAGUCACGUAGUAGAUAUAGAUAGGGAACGCGUGUUUUCGGAGGAGGUGUGU